UGAGUACACUAUCUCAGUUUUCUCGAGGAUUAUUAACAAAAAGUGCAUUUUAAUUAAUACUCACCCCUUCAAAUUAUUAGAAGAAAACACCUAGUUUCAAGCAGUUAAUUCGGUCUUGUCCUAAUUAAGUCUACCGGUCCACAACAUCUCCACGACCCAAUGCAUUACACAUAUACAUUAUAAAUAAAUACAUAUAUCGACAUGUGUCUAUAUAUAUAAAUAAGUGUGAUAGCAUUGAAGAGAAGUUGAUUUAGCCUCUGUUUGUCCUUGUUAUGUUGUUGUAAAACUUGAAACUUUGGAAGCAAACUCAUUUUUAUAACAAAAGGAAAUCUUAUUUUAUACAUUACAUUAAAGCAACAUGAAAGACAAUUCAAGCUGGUCUUGUUCUUGUUCUUGGUCUUCGUGGAAAAUAUGUUUGUUGUCUGUUCUCUUUCUCACCGAGACGAUCACCGCCGUGAAGCUGCCGCCAAAAUUGAUUAUUCCGGCUGUAAUCGCUUUCGGAGACUCCAUCGUCGACACAGGAAUGAACAACAAUGUCAAAACCGUGGUUAAGUGUGAUUUUCUUCCUUAUGGUAUCAAUUUCCAAAGCGGAGUUGCCACGGGGAGAUUCUGCGAUGGACGAGUCCCUGCCGAUUUGCUAGCCGAAGAACUGGGAAUAAAAUCAAUUGUACCAGCAUACCUAGAUCCGAAUCUAAAAUCGAAAGAUCUUUUAACCGGUGUAUCGUUUGCGUCCGGAGGUUCUGGUUAUGAUCCUAUAACACCGAAACUUGUGGCAGUAAUAUCAUUAGAAGAUCAAUUGAGUUAUUUCGAGGAGUACAUAGAGAAAGUGAAGAAUAUAGUUGGGGAAGCAAGAAAAGACUUCAUAGUAGCCAACAGCUUAUUCUUAUUGGUCGCAGGCAGCGACGACAUAGCCAAUACAUACUAUACUCUACGUGCAAGACCUGAAUACGACGUCGAUUCAUACACUACUCUUAUGUCUGACUCUGCCUCAGAAUUUGUGACUAAACUAUAUGGAUAUGGAGUGAGAAGAGUAGCUGUGUUUGGUGCACCACCAAUUGGGUGUGUACCAUCACAGAGAACGUUAGGAGGAGGUAUCUUGAGAGAUUGUGCUGAUAAUUACAACGAAGCAGCAAAACUUUUUAAUUCAAAGCUCUCCCCAAAAUUGGAUUCGUUGCGUAAAACCCUACCGGGCAUCAAACCGAUCUACAUUAAUAUCUAUGAUCCUCUUUUUGACAUCAUCCAGAAUCCUGCAAAUUAUGGGUUUGAAGUGUCUAAUAAAGGAUGCUGUGGAACAGGAGCCAUAGAAGUUGCUGUGUUGUGCAAUAAAAUCACAUCUUCUGUAUGUCCCGACGUGUCUACUCAUGUGUUUUGGGACAGUUAUCAUCCUACAGAGAAAACUUACAAAGUAUUAGUCUCACUGUUGAUUAACAAAUUUGUUAAUCAGUUCGUCUGAAUUAAAAACUAUUUUCACGGCAUAAUGAUUGAUUAUAUUUUAUCUCAUCUUGUUUGUAUUAUUUGAUAAUUGUAUUCGAUUUAAAUAAAAUUAAUAUUUUCUUGUUGUUUUAUUUUUUUUACUACACAACUUAACAUUCUUGUAGUUAGGGCCUCUUCGAGUACAUGGAUGAAUGUGAAUCUACAUGACGAAACCAUUGACGUUUACAAAACAAAUCAUCAUAUAUAUCAUUCAUUCUAAAGUCUUGUUUUCUUUUCUUUUUGUUUGGUGUAAAGCGGCUACAUAUUCUUUAUUUUUUUUAUUUGUCUACA